UAACACGGGACACAAUAAACUUGACAGGCAUGUGUCGGGGAGACGCUGAACUGACUUGAUUGAAUCUGACAGUGAACGAUCUGUCAACAUCACAGGAUAUCACACACAGGGCCAAGAGCUCAACUGUACAAGUUACCAAUCCACAAACAACUUGUCUACAUUAAGAUGGCAAACACGGGAGGUCGGAGACUGAAACAGUGGCUGGUGGAGCAGAUCCAGAGCGGACAGUACUCUGGACUGCAGUGGGAGGAUGAAAGCCGCAUUUUGUUCCGAAUUCCAUGGAAACACGCAGGGAAACAGGAUUACAACCAAGAAGUAGAUGCAUCUAUUUUCAAGGCCUGGGCUGUGUUUAAAGGCAAGUUUAAGGAGGGGGACAAGGCUGAGCCUGCAACAUGGAAGACCAGACUUCGCUGUGCUCUGAAUAAAAGCCCUGACUUUGAGGAGGUGACCGAAAGGUCACAGCUGGACAUCUCUGAGCCCUAUAAAGUGUAUCGCAUUGUACCCGAGGAAGAGCAGAAACAUGGCAAAAGCUCAGUGAUGGCAAUGGCAACUACCACCAGCCCUGGUGAUAUCACUGACAUGGACUGCAGCCCUGCAGAACUAGAGGAGCUCAUUAAAGAGGAGGAAGGGUGUAGUAUUCAGGCCAGUCCAGAAUAUUGGUCCCAGGGCAGCAUAAAUGCUUUCCCACUGCACCAGGAGCCUUUGCCAUCAGGCACUCUCAGCUCAGCUCACUCCCAAAUGAUGAUCAGUUUCUACUAUGGAGGAAAGCUGAUGCACAACACAGUGGUUGCUCAUCCUGAAGGCUGCCGGAUUUCCCCACAACAACAACACUUGGGUCGUGGCGCCGUAUACAGUUCAGAUAGCAUGCAGAGUGUUCAUUUCCCCCCUGCUGAGCUCAUUGAGUAUGACCGCCAGCGCCAUGUCACACGCAAGCUCCUGGGCCACCUGGAGAGAGGUGUACUGGUCCGUGCCAACCAAGAGGGCAUUUUCAUCAAAAGGCUGUGCCAGAGCCGUGUCUUCUGGAGCGGGCUGGGAGAAGUGGGCUCACAAUACAGCCCCAUGCCUUGUAAACUUGAGAGGGAUGCUGUUGUCAAGAUUUUUGACACAGAAAGGUUUCUUCAAGCUCUACAGCUGUACCAGGAAGGCCAGUUUCCUGCUCCUGACCCAACAGUGACUCUGUGUUUUGGAGAGGAGCUCCAUGAUCUCAGCAAUGCAAAAGCCAAACUGAUCAUUGUGCAGAUCACUGUAGUGAACUGCCAGCACCUGCUAGAGGCAGUGAACAUGCGUCGCUCCCAGCCCUACUGCAACAACCCAAACCUGGAGAUGUCUGAUAAUGUGGCCACUGACCAGAUGGCCCGCAUCUACCAGGACUUGUGCAGCUACAGCGCACCCCAGAGGCCAGCCUGCUACAGGGACAACAUGCCCAUCACUGCCUGAACUGCUCACGGUUCAGACAGUUUAGUUCUCAAAACUUUAUUUUAUUCUGACAUGCAUUAUCUUUUUUGUUUUGAUUUAGCAGUUUUGCAUUCAGCCUUUAUUAUAGAUAGGUUUUACUAUCAUAUUGUGUUUUUUACUGAACUGUAAUGAAAUGCUUGGAUGUACAGUAAAGCAUUUUGUUUUUUACUAAACUA